GCCAGAUUCCUUUGCUUUCAAAACUGUUCUCUGAACGUUGCGUUAGAGUGGAGAUUUGUGAUCACUCACUACCUUGGUUCUGUCUCCUCUGAUGGAGUCUGAGAUGCUACAGUCACCCCUCCUGGGGCUUGGGGAAGAAGAUGAGUCGGACAUGACUGACUGGAAUCUGCCCUUGGCUUUCAUGAAGAAGAGGCACUGUGAGAAAAUUGAGGGUUCCAAGUCACUGGCUCAAAGUUGGCGGAUGAAAGACCGGAUGAAGACAGUUAGUGUUGCCUUAGUACUAUGCCUAAAUGUUGGUGUUGACCCCCCAGAUGUGGUGAAGACGACUCCUUGUGCUCGCCUUGAGUGCUGGAUAGAUCCUUUGUCAAUGGGGCCACAGAAAGCUCUGGAAACCAUUGGUGCAAAUUUGCAAAAGCAGUAUGAAAACUGGCAACCAAGG